GAGUUUGCCCUAGAUCCGACGGCGGGAGUCUCUAGGGUUUACGAGGUGAGCGAUGGCCGACAAGAAGAACAGCCGCAGCAAGAAGGAGGUCGUGACGAGGGAGUACACCAUCAAUCUCCACAAGCGGAUCCAUGGCUGCACCUUCAAGAAGAUGGCUCCCCGGGCGGUGAAGGAGAUCAAGAAAUUCGCGCAAAAGGCCAUGGGAACCUCGGAUGUGAGGGUGGAUGUCAAGCUCAACAAGCACGUCUGGAGUAGAGGCAUCCGCAAUGUGCCGCGGAGGAUUCGCGUCCGGAUUGCUCGCAAGCGCAACGACGACGAGGACGCCAAGGAGGAGCUCUACAGCUACGUCACCGUGGCGGAGCUCCCGGCCGAGGGAUUCCGGAAGCUCGAGACCAAGACGGUGGAGGAGGAGUGAUUCUUUCUUCUCUUGCCCCAGAUCCUGGAAUACCAAAAUUUUCCCCUCUUUAAUUCUAGUGUUCUUCGUUCUCGAGCACAA